AUGCAGUACACAAACCUUCAGGAUGCUUUGAACGCUUCCAUGAUACAUAACGCAGAGGAUAACUACUUUGGGGCAUUCAUAGACAAACCUCGACCUGUCGUUCGUCGUAAACAGAAACAAAGUCCAUUUGACGGUGUUCACCUGCCUCGCAAAAAGGCCAAGUUGAACCCAUCUACCGUCGCGGCGCCAUCGUCUGGCAACAGUAACAUAAUGCCGACUGACAAGACGCGUGAGGACGGUGAUAGUUACGUGCGGCUCUUUGUAGGCAGGCACAUGGAUUUCAUUUUCGGGGCGAGUUGGUUGAAGAAUGCGCACGAGUCCACCAUACCCAAUUCCUCUAAACAGAAAAGGCGUGACCGUCGGAUGUUGCUGGUCAAGAAUUCUAAUACGCGUCAUAUUGGAGCGAAGAACCAUCUACAAGGCGAAAUCCAAAAACUUGGGACGAAGCGCGCCCUACCCCCUGAAUUGAAUAGCUGUAGUACCGGAUUAAUGAAUUGGCAGCGGAAGGAUAGGAUGUUAUCCUUUUCAAAAAGAAAUUCAGGGUGGGUAGAGCGUAUGUUUGCCUCCAUUUUUGCUCCUGAAACUUUGGCAGGGUAUUGGAUUGUUCAAAACUCGGACGCAGAGUUUCCUGGAGAUGAGACGGACGAUGAGGAUGAUCUUCCGUACCUGGACCUGUCAGAGGUUCAUAAAGUGCGAGCGUCGUCGUCGUCAUAUCCUUCCGUCGACACUGGGAAGAUUGCCAUGCCUCUUACAAGCCCAAACCCGAAGUUCUUGAUAGCGGGUUUCUUCUGUCAUGACCGAUAUACACUCGAGUCCAUGAAGCUGAAUGCCGACGACUGGGAGAAAAGUUAUGAAGAAAGAGUUGUCGAACUGCAUUGGCGGUGGUCGUGGAAGUUCGAGUAA